CUCAAUUUACGUGAAUAUGAUCUCUCAUUCUUGAAAUUGGAGGAGGUGGCCGCAAAUCAACAAUUCCAAAAAAGGAGGAAAAAAGUUAUACAUGCACUAUUGAUAUUUUUUUUUUUUAUCCCCACACUCAUCAUUCUUAUACACUAUAAAUACUCUCAAACUUUCUUAUCAUGAUCAUCAUACUAACUACCUAUAAAUAUUAAUAAAUUCGUUUUACGUACUACACAAAUCAUUUUAUCAUGGUGAUGGCAAAGAACCUUACCAAGUUCUACGUAGUGUUUCUCGUUGUUCUGAUGAUGGUGGUAUCGCUAUUGCUAGCCAUUGAAGGACGACCGGUCAAGGAUAGUUCGAGAUCGUUGACCCAAAUGAGAGAUUCAUCUAUGUUCAAUGGAAGCGUUAUAAUGUCCUCAUUUAAACCAGUUGAGUCUUCUGUAAAAGAUUUAUCGUGGUUAGCCACAGUGAAACAGUCCGGGCCAAGCCCAGGGGUUGGACAUCAUCGAGCCAAGGGGUACAAAAUGUUUGGACGAGCCAAUGAUUCUGGUCCUAGUCCUGGUGUUGGACACUAGAUAUAACAAAUUAAUCUCAUGAACUGAAAUUAUAGAUAAUGCAGAUACAACUUUACCACAUGUUCAAUAGCCUCUAAGAUGUAAUCUUCUUUCCAUUGUUUAUGUUUAUCUUCUUUACUUCUACCAACUUUACAAUCACAUGUUUACAUAAUAAUCAGUUAAUCAAAGUCUGGCUUGAUCUUUUUAAGGUUUAGGUGUUGGUUUGUGCUUAGUUUGGUUCAGCUAUGUGUUUAUUUCGGAAGUACAGCAUUUGGGCCUUUUUGGCUGGAGAAAUCUGUUUUUCCUUUGAUGGGCCUGUUGGCUUUUUGGGCUACUUUUUUAGCCUUGUACUUCCUUUUUACUUUUUUUCCCAAUAUAAAAAGGAAUUUUUGACGAUUUUUCUCCAUACAACGUUCGCGUUGUAGAAAAAAAUUGGGAAAAAUGUCAAAAAAAGCGCCAACUUUCAAAUUUAAGACGAAAAAAGCCUAAAUUUCCUAAAUGUCAUUUAAAUCAUAAAGUUUUCUUUGACUCUUUAAUAAAAUGGUCAAGUUUUGUUGAC